AUGUCGCGCUCCAACGUCAUCGUGCUCGACAAUGGUACCGGGUACACCAAGAUGGGCUUCGCCGGUAACUCGGACCCAUCCUUUGUGUUCCCUACUGCCAUUGCGACCCGCACAACUGCGGCUGGUUCCUCGGGCGGUGCUGGCUCGCGUCCUUCGGUGCCAUCUAAGCCAGGCGGUCUCUCGUCCUCCUCCUCGCUCGCCUCGAAACGCGGCAUUGAAGAUCUCGACUUUUUCAUCGGAGACGAGGCCUACGCCAACGCCAAAACCUACCAGGUCGACCAGCCCAUCCGUCACGGUCUCAUCGAAAACUGGGACCACAUGGAACGCUUCUGGGAGCAAUGCAUCUUCAAGUACCUCCGUGCCGAGCCCGAAGAUCACUACUUUAUGCUCACCGAGCCGCCGCUCAAUCCGCCCGAGAACCGCGAGAACACGGCAGAAAUCAUGUUUGAAUCGUUCAACAUCAAGGGUCUCUACAUUGCCGUACAAGCCGUGCUCGCGCUGGCUGCCUCGUGGACGAGCAACAAGGUGACCGACCGCACGCUUACGGGCACAGUGAUUGACUCUGGCGAUGGUGUCACGCACGUCAUCCCCGUUGCCGAGGGAUAUGUGAUCGGCUCGGCCAUCAAGCACAUCCCCAUUGCCGGUCGCGACAUCACCUACUUUGUGCAGCAGCUGCUGCGAGAGCGAGGCGAGGCGGCCAACAUCCCACCGGAGGACUCGCGCAGAGUCGCCGAGAAGAUCAAGGAGGACUACUCGUACGUUUGCCAGGACAUUGUGCGCGAGUUCCGACGCUACGACGAAGACCCUUACAAGUACUUUGAGCGCUUCGAGGGCGAGCAUACCGUCACGGGGAGAAAGUAUUCUGUCGAUGUCGGCUACGAACGUUUCCUCGCGCCCGAAAUUUUUUUCAACCCGGAAAUCGCCAGCUCCGACUUCCUCACGCCUUUGCCCGAGGUGGUCGACACGGUGAUCCAGCAGUCGCCCAUUGACGUGCGUCGUGGUCUGUACAAGAACAUCGUGCUCAGUGGCGGCUCGACCAUGUUCCAACACUUUGGCCAGCGUCUCAAGAAGGAUCUGCGCACCAUUGUCGACCAGCGCCUCGCCGCCAGCGAGACGGCGAGUGGCAGCUUGAUGCGUUCCUCGGGGCUCGAGGUCAACGUGAUCAGCCACAAGAUGCAGAGGUACGCCGUGUGGUAUGGCGGGUCGCUACUGGGCAGUCUGCCGGACUUUUACAGCUACUGCUACAACAAGCAGGACUACGAGGAGCACGGGCCGAGCAUUGUUAGGAAGUUCAGUGUCUUUGGUAGUGUGUAA